AAAAAAACAUAGAAAGGAAUUUAUGUUGAUAAUCCAAGUAAAUAAAAGUUCAUGCAUUUAACACAAAACAUGUCCGAUAUCUCCAAUGAAAGUCAAAUCCUCAAAUUUACAUAUAAUUUUCUCAACAAAGAGAGAGAGAAAAAACAAGAACACAAGAAUGUUGUGUGGAGACAUGAGAGGUGUACUCUUCCCCGUCUUACUUCUGUUCCCUGCGUUCUCUUUCUCUGCCAACACUUUGUCGGCCACAGAAUCUCUAACCAUCUCAAGCAACAAGACCAUUUCGUCUCCUGGUAAUAUCUUCGAGCUUGGUUUCUUCAAACCCUCUUCGUCUUCUCGUUGGUAUCUCGGGAUAUGGUACAAGGCAAUCUCCAAGAGAACCUACGUAUGGGUUGCAAACAGAGACCAUCCUCUCUCCACUUCGACCGGAACUCUCAAAAUCUCCGACAGUAACCUCGUGGUCGUCGAUGGAUCAGAUACAGCUGUUUGGUCGACAAAUCUUACCGGAGGAGGAGAUGUGAGAUCUCCGGUGGUGGCAGAGCUUCUUGAUAACGGUAACUUCGUGCUCAGAGACUCUAACAACAACGAUCCAGAUGUAGUUUUGUGGCAGAGUUUCGAUUUUCCGACAGAUACUUUACUUCCGGAGAUGAAACUCGGUUGGGAUCUCAAAACCGGGUUUAACCGGUUCUUGAGAUCGUGGAAAAGUCCUGAUGAUCCAUCAAGCGGCGAUUACUCGUUCAAACUCGAGACAAGAGGGUUUCCGGAGGCUUUCUUGUGGAACAAAGCGUCGCAAGUGUACCGGAGCGGUCCGUGGAAUGGAAUCCGGUUUAGUGGUGUACCGGAAAUGCAACCGUUCGAUUACAUAGAGUUCAACUUUACAACGAGUAAUCAAGAAGUGACUUACUCAUUCCAUAUCACCAAAGACAACAUGUACUCCAGAUUAAGUUUGAGCUCCACGGGGUCACUACAACGGUUCACUUGGAUUGAAGCAAUACAGAACUGGAACCAGUUCUGGUACGCACCAAAAGACCAAUGUGAUGAUUACAAAGAGUGCGGAACUUACGGUUACUGCGAUUCCAACACGUAUCCGGUUUGUAACUGUAUGAGAGGGUUUGAGCCGAGGAAUCCACAGGCGUGGGGGUUAAGAGAUGGGUCUGAUGGUUGCGUGAGGAAGACGGCUCUGAGUUGUAAGGGUGGAGAUGGGUUUGUGCGGUUAAAGAAAAUGAAAUUGCCGGAUACUGCGGCCACUAGUGUGGAUAGAGGUAUAGGGAUUAAAGAAUGUGAAGAGAAGUGCAAAAGUGAUUGUAAUUGUACUGCGUUUGCUAAUACGGAUAUCCGAGGUGGUGGAUCGGGUUGUGUUGUGUGGAUCGGAGAUAUUUUGGAUACCCGGAAUUAUGCUAAGGGUGGUCAGGAUCUUUACGUUAGGUUGGCUGCUACUGAUCUCGAGGACACGACGAACCGAAAUGCAAAAAUCAUAGGCUCAUGCAUUGGAGUGAGCGUUUUGCUUCUUUUAUGUUUCAUCUUCUACCGCUUUUGGAAAAGGAAGCAGAAGCGAUCAAUAGCAAUUGAAACAUCAUUUGUUGAUCAAGUGAGGAGCCAAGAUUUGCUAAUGAACGAAGUGGUAAUACCUCCUAGUAGGAGACAUAUAUCGAGAGAAAACAAAACAGAUGAUCUCGAAUUGCCAUUAAUGGACUUUGAAGCUGUUGCCAUUGCAACUGACAAUUUCUCUAACGCCAACAAGCUCGGUCAAGGUGGUUUCGGUAUAGUUUACAAGGGUAGGUUACUUGACGGGCAAGAAAUAGCUGUAAAAAGACUGUCGAAAAUGUCCGUACAAGGGACUGAUGAGUUCAAGAAUGAGGUGAAACUCAUUGCAAGGCUUCAGCACAUAAACCUUGUUCGUCUUCUUGGAUGUUGCGUCGAUGAGGGCGAGAAGAUGUUGAUCUACGAGUAUUUGGAGAAUCUUAGUCUCGAUUCUCAUCUCUUUGACAAGACUCGAAGCUGUAAGCUAAAUUGGCAGAAGAGAUUUGAUAUUACAAAUGGUAUUGCUAGAGGGCUUCUAUAUCUUCACCAAGAUUCACGGUUUAGGAUUAUCCAUAGAGACUUGAAAGCGAGCAAUGUGUUGCUUGAUAAAGAUAUGACUCCAAAGAUCUCGGAUUUUGGGAUGGCUAGGAUCUUUGGACGGGAUGAGACAGAAGCUAAUACGAGGAAGGUGGUCGGAACUUACGGCUAUAUGUCCCCGGAAUAUGCGAUGGAUGGAAUAUUCUCUACAAAAUCAGAUGUUUUCAGCUUCGGUGUUUUGCUUCUUGAGAUCAUAAGUGGCAAGAGGAACAAAGGAUUCUACAACUCUGACCAUGACCUUAAUCUUCUUGGUUGUGUGUGGAGGAACUGGAAAAAAGGGAAAGGGCUAGACAUCGUAGAUCCGAUCAUCUUAGAUUCUUCACCAUCAACGUACCGUCCACUUGAAAUCUUGAGAUGCAUAAAGAUUGGACUCUUAUGCGUUCAAGAACGUGCAAACGACAGACCAACGAUGUCUUCGGUGGUUAUGAUGCUAGGAAGUGAAACCGCGGCUAUUCCUCAGCCUGAACAGCCAGGUUAUUGCGUUGGGAGAAGUCCUCUUGACACUGAUUCAUCAUCGAGUAACCAGCGGCAUGACGAAUCUUGGUCUGUGAACCAAAUGACUGUAUCGGUCAUUGACCCUCGGUGAUGUGAGCGUCACUGAGUCAAUCUGUAUUUGUUAAAAUGAUUAAAACUGAGUGAUACAAGUAUCGACUGUCUAACGUGGUUUGUAACUUGCAUAGUAUUUUCUAUGUACGUCUCCAUAUCAAAGACAUACUAGAUGGUCCGAUUUUCCUUUUUAUUUUAAACGACUAGGAGAUUAUAUUAGAACGAUAUCCAAACUAUGUUAAAUUAAUUUUCAUUUAGAAGACAAACCUCUCUUAAUGAUUCAAAAUUUAUAAUUCUUCAACUUUUAACCAAUGGUUUAAUUUUAUAUUGGUUUAUGGUCCAUUUUUAAGUUAAACUUGUAUUUUAUAUGUUGCCGUUUUUCGAUUUGAUCAACGAAUCAUGAUUUUCACAAACUCAUAAUAAUCUCUCAUGCACAAAUGGAUUUUGAAUCAAAGAACACACCAAAUUAGUCCCAAGUAACAGUUGUGAGUUUUAUGUUCCUAUAAAAGGGUGAUAAGUACAAACAUUUGAAUGCAACAACAUUGCAAAUUGUAUUAACCUAAAACAUUUCAAAAAUUAAUCUUAAGCUUUGAACUGAAAUGUCAAAUAAUAACUUUUUUGAAUAGACCUGUCAAACUGUGCAAGACAAGUGUCCGGUUUGGUAAUAACAACGAACGUUGUUGCUCAAAAAAACAAAAAAAACAACAACGAACGUAACAUAGGGUAGGUGAUUAGAGCACUGGAAAACAAACAAAACUAUGCUCCUAUGGACAUUAGGCUAAGGAUCCGUACCUUCAGCACGUUCCCGGGGAUCAAUAUCACAUUCAUUAACACAGUUAAGAUUAGCUUUCCAGCACUCUACUUCGUCCCUUUCAAAACACAGUUCUUUAGAUCAUUAAAAUAAAAUUUAAAUGUUGAACACAAAAAAAACAAAAAAUUAAUUAAAAUAUAAUAAUAUGAGUUAACCUAAAUAUAAUUAUUAUAGUUUUGAGAAAAAAAAGACUAUGCUUUUAUUUAGUCGUGAAUCACGUGAUGUGCCUAAAUUUUUUGACCGAAAAUAACACAAGGGGUAAUUUCGUCAACUCAAACAAAAAACCAUCCCUGCAAAAAGCUUCACGGUCCACAACACGAGCCCUCUCUCUCUCUCUCUCUCUCUCUCUCCCUCUGCGGGAAUCUUAUAAACCCUUUCUCUCUCUGUCUCUUGUUCAAAGCUUAUCUCUUCCCUCACUUCGAAACCCUGAAAAAGACUCCAACUUUCAAAAAAUGGCGUUCGAGCUCCCAAACGAUUUCAGGUGCCCGAUCUCCCUCGAGAUUAUGUCCGACCCGGUUAUCAUCCAAUCGGGUCACACUUUCGACCGCGUCUCCAUCCAAAAGUGGAUUGAUUCCGGCAAUCGGACAUGCCCCAUCUCCAAGCUCCCCUUGUCUGAAAGCCCUUCCCUGAUUCCCAACCACGCCCUGAGGAGCUUAAUCUCGAACUUCGCUCACGUCAGCCCCGAGCAAGAAGAUCACUCCCACUCCCAAUCCCACCCCUCAAUCUCCACUCUCGUUUCCCGAUCGUCGUCUCGCGAGUCGAGGCUCGAGUCGCUGACCCGGCUCGUCCGCCUCACGAAGCGAGACUCGUCUGUACGGAGGAAAGUCACCGAGUCGGGAGCGGUUCGCGCGGUUUUGGACUGUGUUGACUCGGUCGAUCGGGCUUUGCAGGAAAAGUCUCUGUCUUUGCUUCUGAAUCUCAGUUUGGAAGACGAUAACAAAGUGGGUUUGGUCGCCGACGGUGUGGUGAGACGGAUAGUCGCGGUUUUACGGGUCGGGUCGCCCGAUUGCAAAGCGGUUGCCGCUACUCUGCUAACGAGUUUAGCUGUCGUGGAGGUGAACAAAGCGACUAUUGGGUCGUACCCCGAUGCGAUCUCUGCUCUUGUUUCUUUUCUCCGGCACGGGAAUGACCGGGAGAGGAAGGAGUCGGCGACGGCUCUUUACGCUCUCUGCUCGUUUCCGGAUAAUAGAAAACGGGUUGUGGAUUGCGGGUCGGUGGGGAUACUUGUUGAGGCGGCUGAUUCGGGGAUGGAGAGAGCGGUGGAGGUGUUGGGGCUUUUGGUUAAGUGUAGAGGAGGGAGAGAGGAGAUGAGUAGAGUGAGUGGCUUUGUUGAGGUGUUGGUUAACGUUUUGAGGAAUGGGAGUUUGAAAGGGAUUCAGUAUUCUCUGUUCAUCCUCAAUUGCUUGUGUUGUUGUAGCCGAGAGAUCGUUGAGGAGGUUAAGAGGGAAGGUGUGGUUGAGAUAUGCUUUGGUUUGGAGGAUAAUGAGAGUGAGAAAGUCAGGAGGAAUGCUACUAACUUAGUCCAUACUUUACUUGGGAAUCCGAUGGAAGCUUAAUAGGAUCAGGCUUUUGUCAUCGGUGGUGGUUUUGGGGAUUGUAGUUCUGUUGUUUUUGUGUUGUCUGGUCUGAAUGUGGAGGUAAGUUGGGGGGGGGGGGGUGUGGUGGUUUGUUGUGCUGGAUUCUCCUCUUGUAGUUCAUGUACAAAUGAAAGGAAGAAAACAAAAAAGGCUUAGGUUUUCAACAGAGCAAAAUGCAAAUGCUUUCUUAAGGUUUUCGUUUUAUGUACAUUCAAAGAAAUAAAAGGAUCAUACAGAUAAUUCUUCUUCAACAAAAUUGUAAUCUUUUACCAUUUUCAUAGUGUUUUAAUGUCUUCUCUGUUGAGUCCAACCAUUAGUUGUAAGUAUUCAUUCUUACAUAAAUGUUUAAUGUUUUGAUCAAUGAAGCAUUUCAUUUUCAUA